AUGCUUUCUAUUAACAUUCCAAAGCAUGCUACGCCAGAUCAAUACGAGCUGGGUGAAGUUCCCUCGCUGGCCGUGGAACACCCCACCGACAUCUUGAUCAAAGUCCAUGCCGCGAGUAUCAACCCGAUAGAUGUUAAAAAAGCCGCGGGGGCAACCAAACUGGUUCUCAAGGACAGCUUUCCGUACAAAAUCGGCUAUGAUUGUGCCGGUACGGUUGUGAAUACCGGAUCCCAGGUGACGCGCUUUAAGGCCGGUGAUGAGGUCUUUGUUCGAUUGCCAGAAUGUCACCGUGGAUCAUGGAGUGAACUCGCAAGAUCGACUGAAGAAUUCGUCGCAUUGAAACCGAAGGGUCUUUCUAUGGAAGACGCCGCCUCAAUUCCUUUGGCGUCCAUGACGGCGCUGCAGGCGCUUCGGGGUUACGAAGGGGAUCUCGAAGGAAGAACUGUUUUCGUACCUGCUGGGCUGGGUGGAACUGGCAUUUUCGCUUGUCAACUAGCGAAAAAUGUUUUCAAAGCUGGCAAAGUGAUCACCACGGUUUCCACCGGCAAAGUACCCAAGGUAACGGAACUCUUGGGCGAGGGGAUUGUGGACGAAAUCAUCGACUAUAAAAAAUCGGAUCCUAAAACUGUAAUUCCUCCACAAUCUGUCGAUUUUAUUUUUGAUACCACAGGGAGUGCGAUGGAGUAUCUGUCACUGAUGCGGCCGAAGGGGGCCAUCGUUACAGUGUCUAUACUCACUUCGGGAGACGUUCUCCAAAACUCUAGCGUUAUGCGACGAUCUCCAAGCAAGCAAGACAAGGCAAUUGUGCCUUUCCCUGUCCGUGUUGGCUUGAACGUGAUGGAUCGAAUCCGAGUAGCUCGGGCAUCUCGCUAUGCAGUCAAGUACUCAUCUAUCUUCUUGGAGCCAAAUGCGACCGACCUGGAUUCGAUUCGGCAAUGGGUGGAAGCAGGAAAGUUGAGGACAAUUGUGGGAACAAAAGCAGACUACAAGGAUCUAAAGGCAGUUCGGGAUGCAUGUAAAGUGGUCUUUGAUGGGAGGGGGGCGUCGGAAAGUCUGUGA